UGCAAGUACAUGUCCCAGGAGACGCGCGACAUUUCUCUCGACGGCGAGGUCCAUGUCAGCGAAGACCCCGACGUGAUGGACACGGACGAGUGCCCGGAGGAGGGCGACGAGGCUCUUCAGGUGGAAGAGGAGCCGUGCGAGCCCACCGAGCCCACCGAGGCCGAGCCCUCCCUGGAACUGCCUUCUCGCGCUGAGUUGCGCGCGGCUGUGGCGAUGGACUCUCACGAGCCACCGCGUGAGCGCGCGACGACGACGGCGAGGGGGCUGAGGAACACUUGGGUCGAUGUGACACCCGGGAUGUCGUGGCACGAGCGAGAGAGCGCAGAGCGAAAGGCUCACGGGAAGAAUUGGAAGAUGGACACCUCCCUGAAACUGCCUUCUCGCGCUGAGUUGCGCGCGGCUGUGGCGAUGGACUCUCACGAGCCACCGCGUGAGCGCGCGACGACGAUGGCGAGGGGGCUGAGGAACACUUGGGUCGAUGUGAUACCCGGGAUGUCGUGGCACGAGCGAGAGAGAGCAGAGCGAAAGGCUCACGGGAAGAACCGGAAGAUGCACACCUCCCUGAAAGCUAGCUAGCUAGUUUGCUAUGUCCUCUCACCCACCGUUCGCCGC